GGGUGCGCCGCGCAGCUCUUGUCACUGUCGCGGCUUCCGGUGCUAGGUAGAGGGAAGGAAGGAGGGAGUCGGGGAACGGGGCAAGGGGAGCAGCCGCCUUGAAAUUGGCUGGGGGGUCCGGAGGGAGCCGAGCGGAACCUGCGGGGGCGGAGGCGAAGGCGGCCGCAGCAGCGAAGCUUGGGAGCAGGAACAGGAUCAAGUCCUCCAUACCAGGAACCAGGCCAAAACCAGAUUGCCAUUGCCCCCACCUGGGCCCUGCUGUCGUCAGAAAGCUGCUGUGAUCAUGGGUAAUAUCUUUGGAAACCUCCUCAAGAGCCUGAUUGGGAAGAAGGAGAUGCGCAUCCUGAUGGUGGGCCUGGAUGCCGCAGGAAAGACCACAAUCCUGUAUAAGCUGAAACUGGGAGAGAUCGUGACCACCAUCCCCACCAUUGGGUUCAAUGUGGAGACAGUGGAGUACAAGAACAUCAGCUUCACAGUUUGGGAUGUGGGCGGCCAGGACAAGAUUCGACCUCUCUGGAGACACUACUUCCAGAACACCCAAGGGUUGAUAUUUGUGGUCGACAGCAAUGAUCGAGAGCGAGUGAAUGAGGCCCGAGAGGAGCUGAUGAGGAUGCUGGCAGAGGAUGAGCUCCGGGAUGCUGUGCUCCUUGUCUUUGCAAACAAGCAGGAUUUGCCUAAUGCUAUGAAUGCUGCUGAAAUCACAGACAAGUUGGGCCUGCAUUCUCUGCGUCAUCGCAACUGGUACAUUCAGGCCACCUGUGCCACCAGUGGGGACGGGCUAUAUGAAGGCCUGGACUGGCUGGCCAACCAGCUCAAAAACAAGAAGUGAGAGCCAGGCAGUCCUAUCCAGCCACCCCAUCCACCCCUGACAUACCUACUGUCUCCUUGCCCAGCCCUCCCCCUUCCUUGCCAGCGUGGCCAGGGCCCUGGGGAUCACGUCCGCAUGCCCAACAAGAGCCUAUCUCUUCUGCCUCCCCACUUCCCCUUGUCCAUGACUAGUCCCCAAUGCUGUCCUGAUGAUGAAUCAUUCCAAUUUAACAGAUUUAAAACAAAACAAGGUUGUUAUGGUUUCCUGGGGUACCUCCCCCCUCCUCUGAGGUUAAGGAAGCUGCGGGGGGGCAGUCUGUCUUUUUGCUUCGUUUGGCUCUGAUUGCUGUGUUCUUGGCAUCUGAGUCCCUUCCCUCUCCCUACUGGCCCCUCUCCUGCCAUCUUUUUUUCCUUCACCACCCUCUCCCUGUUCUAUGUGGAAAUUGCACGGGCCUCUCUUUGUGUGCGUGCGUGUGUGCGCGUGUAUAUACAUGUAUAGAGAGAUAUGUAUGCAGGGGCCGGGAGAAGGGUGGAGGGGGUAGAGUGCAGCUCAGGACUGGGAGCCAGGACACUGCCCAUUCUAGCCUAUCACCUGCCCCUCCCAUGUUGGUGAGAUAAAGGGAAUGAGGUGGAGGGAAGGCUGCCCCAGUCUUACACUGGUUCCUCUCUUUUCUGCAGGUAGGUUUUCCUGGAUGAUAGGACAGAUGAUGGAUUUUCCACCACCAUCUUCCUUGUUACCUCUCUUCACCCUGCUUAGGCAGAGGGUGGCAUUUAUCUCUAGAUGACUGUUCCCAAGGAGAUGCCAUUCUGCCCUGCCUUGUUAGUGGGAAGGAGAGAGGAACCCACUCACUCUUAUCAGCUCAGAGUGUUCAACCUAUCCUCCCCCGCCCCCUUAGAUCCAUCCCUCAGGAGCUUGGAGGGGAGGUAGAGCUACAAGACCACGUUGUGUGUUUGGGUGCCAGGGUACCAGGGGAGGGCCUCAGGUUUUCCAUUUCCAUCCUGUUGUUUUUUUAGGAGAAAGUGAGGCACGGGUGGUCCUAUUUCUGCCUUCCCCAUCUUCCCGACCCCCAAUCUUCUGAUCUUGGGGGCUGGGUGGUUCAUCUGUCCUUUGUCAGAAGUGUCCUCAUCCUAGCAGUCCCAGGCUGGCUGGGUGGUUGACUGGGGAGUGGGGGACUGGGGGUAGCAUAGCAAACCUCAAUAUCAAUCCCCCUGUUCUCCAGUUUUCUUUUUCUAGUUCAGGAUGUGCUGAGGGAUGGGAAUUUCCUAUUGUUUCCAGACCCUCAGACCAUCCUGCCAUCCCUCCCAACUUCAUCCCAACAGAUUUCCCCUGCACUCUUCACCCGCUCACAUAAGUGGAUCUGUGGGUUGGAGUGGAGGUACUGAGACUCUGAAGUGGUUGUUGGUGGUGGUGCGAUGCGGUGGUCUUCAGGGUCCUACCCCUAUUAUCAGUACUAUGUAGUUGUUCAGAAGCUGCUGCUACAGAGUCUGUCUGUCUACAGUGGGGCGCUCAUCCCUGAGGUCCUGACUUCUACGGUGUCUGUGAAGCCUUGGCUUUUCUCUGGGCUCCUGUGUAUGCUGACUGCACCCUGAGCUCCAAGGUGGUCGCCCAUACCUUUCUGCUAAGGUCAGGGCCCAGGGCCCCCCACAGCUUGGCUGAGGGACCUCUUCCCAGAAGGGCUGUCCCAAGCCCCAUCCUAUGGGGCCAGGCUUCCUGUCACUUUUGUCUACAACAGGCAGAUUAGUACCCCUUGCUCCAUCCUGGUUGAAUUGUGAAAGAGAGGUUCCAGGGGUGUCUCCCUCAGUGCCAGUUCCUUAGUGAUGUUUCACUUACCCAAGAUGCAGUGGGUGUGUGCAGUUCUCUUGCUCUCUAAGCCUUUGUGUGUCUGUGUGUGUUUGGUGGUGGGAGAAGUGAGGUGCUGGAGCUUCUAUUUCAACAUGUAUUCACUCCCCUGACCCCACAGAUGCUUCCUUACCCCCUUUUUUGCCUCUGUCUCUCUUUCUUGGACUUUUUUUGCUCCUGCUGCUGCUCUCCCUGAACUCUUCCCUUUGCCUUCUGACUCACUCAGUGCUGUUGCCCAUUCGUCUCCCCUUCCCUGUUUCUUUCCUACUUAGGAUUCUCCACUCUCUGUCUUUGUGGUUGGUGAGGACUUUGCCUCUUCUCCCACCUCACUCCCUCUCUGGCCUUCCCUAGUUAGAUAUCAGUCCCAAAUAGAUUUUCCUCAUUUCAGGCCCACCUCUACCUCCUUUUGGGGGCUCCAGGGACCAGUGGGUCUAAGUGUUAGGAAGCAGCCUUGGAGGUUGCCUUGGUGCUGCUUAAGAUAUGUCCAGCAGGGGGCAGUAAGUGAUCUUGCUAGUAUCCCUCUGCUAGGCCCUUGGCAGGGGUGGACCUUUCUCCAUUCCCAUUUACCUAAAAGUUCUUUUGUGAUAGGGUGUUUCAUUCCAUCUCUGCCUACUCCCUCCCUGCGUCUCCUCUGGUGGGUUUAAUUUUAUGCUUUCCUUUGUUCCAGACUUUCUUCUCCCUGGGGACUCUCCCACUUCUCCCCAAAGUUUGUUUGUGGUGUUAUAGUGAUAACUGCAGUUCUGAACUGGUUUUUCUCUUUUUUUCCUCCUCUGGAAUGUAGACUGUAUACAUUUAAUAACUCACCUUCUCUCUCCUUGCUCUAAAUGCGGGGUACGCAAUGACUGUGACCACGGUUGGAAAUUAAACAUGUUUUAUGCAG